AUGUUGAUGAACGAGCGGCUCGAUUUGUUCAAAAAAGAAACGAUCGCCCAGAAAACGGUCCACUCAACGCCGGAAAAGGAGCGGGAAGUAAGAGAUUCGAGAAAAAAUCAUGCUGAACCUUGUGCGCUCCAUGGAGAUAUAUAUUUUUCACUUCAAGAUUCUAAUUCCGAUGGUACGACAAAAUCUCAAGUCCGCAAAUCUCGAGGACCGUAAUCUUGUGUACGCAGAUCUAAAGUCCCAUAAUCUUGGAAACCAAAAUCUUGGAGACCAAAAUCUUGGAAACCACAAUCUUGGAAAGCAGAAAUCUUCCUUUUUAGUCUUCUUUAUUGCAUUUUAUCUACUUAUAUUCUCUUGUUUGGAUCACCGAAUACAAUUUCUGAUAAAAUCUAUUCGCAAAAGCGUUGAUUUUUACUUUCCAAGAUUGUGGUUUCCAAGAUUUUGGUCUCCAAGAUUUUGGUUUCCAAGAUUACGGUCCUCGAGAUUUGCGGACUUGAGAUUUUGUCGUACCAUCCUAAUUCCGUGUUCAAAGCUAUGCAAAAUUAUCUCUUAUGGCGUGUUCAUCGGACAAAACCAAAAUUGCUUCGAAAGGCAAGAAAAUUGCUCCAAAACAAAAAUUAGUACUGUUUUGGAGCAACUUUGGCGCGCCGAAGAACACGAUUUUUCGUUUUGAAGCAUGUUCCGUUUCUCCAAUGAACACGCCAUUAAUUUCCAAAUUUAGUUAUCUGUUUCCCUCUCUGACGCCUUUUGCGGAAUCAUCUUGAACAUGGCAUUAAGUGAAAAGUUCAAUAUACAUGGUAUUUACAACAAAAAAAAAUUGAUGUUUAGAAAAGUGUCCAUGGAGCGCAGUUUCAAGCUUUUCUCGAGGCUAUUUUUUGAGAUAAAUUAUGUAUUUUUAGAAGAAUUCUUUCACGAUCGACAGCUUGUUGCAAGUGAAGCAGGAAAUAGCUGACGAUAAAGAUGUAAGUUUAUUUUUUUGUUUUUUUAAGUUCAUGAAAGAUAUUUUUCCUAUUAAAAAUCGAAGAAAAAAACUGAUUUUUGUAAUAUUUCAGUUCAGUUGAUUGAAGGCUUGAUUUACGGUCAAGAUAAGGGGGGUUCGAUUCCUAUCCAGUGGAAAUUUCAAAAAAAGAAAAUGAAAAAAAUUACCCUGUUCUUCCAGGUUUUUAACAGUUUUUUGCGUCCUUUUUCCUGUUUCAUGCAAGAAAAUUUUUCAAUUUCAGGUUUUGUAUUUUGCAAAAAAUAAUUUGGAUGUGUACCUACUUAGAGACUUGAAGUUGAACUUUUUUAAUUCGAAAGUUUCAAAAAUCAAAUAUUUUUUGUGAAAGGUGUCCCAAAAGAGUGAGCGAGGAUUUUUGAACAGUAAAUACUUUCUUCUCAAUCUAGACCUUCAGGGAAAUUUUCGGCGAAUUUAUGGGCUUCCUUGUAGGAAACCUUUAUCAAACUGUGCUUCUUUGAAAUUUCCAGAAAAUUGCUUUUUUCCGAAUAUUGCUGUCCACUGGCGACUCCAACCUUGUUAGAUGUACUUCUCUUGAAAAACAAACAAACUUUUCAAAAAUCAUACCUGUCCACUGGCCAUUCCUACCUUGUUAGAUGUAUUUCCUUGGCCGGAAAGGGCGCAUUUAUCCGCCUCUUUCUCUCUCAAUGACGGGAAGCCGCCGAGCAACAAUUUUCGUCGUCGCUUGAUCUACGCGUCCGGCAACGCAGGCCCAUUAUUACUAUUAUGUUGUUGCGCUGGAAAACACGUAGCCAAGUUUUUUCUUCCGUGCGGGGCUUUAGUCAGUGGUUUGAGUGAUCUUGAGGUCCCAAAACGGCCUCAAUAUAGCCGUUUCACGGUUAGCUUGAUCGAAAAAGAGGUCCUGACACGAAAAAUGAAGAGAUAGGACCUGGUUGGUGGAGUGCGCAGACAGGCCGCGCUCCUUUUCGCUCCAAGCUGUGAAGCGGCUGCAAGAAACUCCAUAGUGGUUCCUUAAGAACUCCAUAGUGGUUCCUCCGGAGAAGAUCCCCUCUAGGGACCACUUCAACCCCUCUACAGGGGCCACUGAAGCAUACAAAAGUGGCCUUUUUAGUAUAUAAGGGCUUUCAUCUAGUGGUUACCUCUAUUUCUAUACACUGGAAAAAGAAAAAAAAAUAGAUUUUAAUCUACAGAACUAUUCCAAAAUGGGAAUUUUUGUUCUUGGAAUGAGAAUUUAGACUUCAUUUCGAAUUUCGUAAAAUAAAAUCACUUUUUUUUUUCAAACUUCAUUCUAUGAGUAUUGAAACUUGUCCAAAAACAUCAGAGUCCAACUUUUGACGAAAAACUUCGAAUUCCAGGAACAAUCUUCGUGCGCCUCGUCUUCUUCUUCUGAAACUCCCGCCGUCUACACUUUAGAUGCCUUGGAAGACUGCGACGGCCGGGCGAAAAAGACCAAAAAGUAGGAUUUUCCGAUUAAAAAAUUCGAAUUUCUCGGUACGUAGGCUCUCGGAACGAUCGCGGUGUGUUUGCGACCAAUGCGGCAAGUCCUACGCCACGACGAGCAAUUUGAGCCGACACAAACAGGUACCGUUGCGGAUCAAAGCGCUACCGUAAUCUUUUUUUUUUUGAUAGGUUUCAUGUUAAUACAUAAAAUAGUAGAAUUUUUCAGAAAUUUAAAGUGAAAUUUCUAAAGUUGAUUAAAAAGACUUCUCUCGCUAUGCUCUCGAAUGAUAGUUCGUCUCUAAGAUUCUCUCAGUAAUUUCAUUUAUUUAUUUAAUGAUAGUUCGUCUCUAAUAGUUCGUCUUUAUCCUUGUCGACUGCGGACAAAAUGAAUACCGUAAUCCGGAAAAUUGCAGACUCAUCGACCGCUGGACAGUCCUCACGCCAAGCAAUGCCCACACUGUGACCGAGUUUACGUCAGUAUGCCGGCUCUGAGGUGAAAAAUCAAUAAGUUCAUAUAAAGUCAAUAAAAAUCUCAAAAACCCUCAAGUGGCCCUUUGAAGGGGACAGGUGAUCGGGCAGAGGUUGCAGUUACGCAACUUGUUGGCCCGUGUCAUAUCCAAUUACAGUAAUAGCCAGGUGUCAACACCUUUUUUCGAGGAGAUGAGAAAAAGGUGCUCAUUAAGCGUUGUGAUUUGUUAAGAUCCCAUGGGUCAAUGGGUUACCGUAACUAUUGGUUCUGAGAGGGUACUGUAGGUUUUUUGGAAAAUAAUUUACUUUGUUCUCCUCCAAUUUUCAUUCAAUCUUUUUUCUCAGUCAGGAAGAAUAUUAUUUUGUCAGGGUUCUGCGAAAAAGUAGGAUAACUUGGUACGGUGGUUUUAAGAAAGCUGAUACAUAAAUCAUACUUGAAAAGGUUUUAGAAGGAUACUAUACAGUAUAGUAUUCUUAGUCUAUACUGUAGAUUCCAACGAAGAAAAUUGAAAAAAAUGUAUGUUUCCUAUUCCUAAGAAACAUUUCAAGACGUUGUAGGCUCACAACAACGUUUUUCCUUGAAAAUAUGAUAUAGUCCGUUCAGAUUUUGAAUGUCAAGUAGAAUAACGUCAUUCGAAAACGCUCUGUGGAUGGCUCGCUCUCUGAUUGGUUUAUCGCGUCAUUAAGGGCGGAGCUUGAGCGAGGACUUGACAUUCAAAAACUGAACAGAUUAUACUAAAAUCUUUUCAGACUUCCAACUUUUGAAGUUAAGUUCUGAGAGCAGAAUUCAUAGAUACUUUCGCUACAGUAAUUUUAAAUUUUUAGACUGAUAAAUUCAGAUAACUGUAGUAAAAUAGCAUUUCUUUCCAGUAUGCACAUAUUAACGCACAAAGCGACGCACGAAUGCAACAUUUGCGGAAAGCUUUUCUCACGUCUUUGGUUACUUCAGGUGAAAUAUUUCUAAUAAUAAAAAAGGCAACUAAAAAGUUUUUAGGGACACCUUCGAUCGCAUACAGGUCAAAGGCCGUUCGGCUGCGCCCAUUGUGGGAAAAGUUUCGCUGACCGAAGUAAUUUAAGAGCGCAUAUCCUGACGCAUACAGGUAAGAAUGUGAACAUCAAAAUGUACUCGAGAAAAAUAUUUCACGGAAUUCGUGGUUUUUAACGGUUGACGCAAACUUGCACGGAAAGUCUGCAGACACGGGUUGAAAAUAAAUUUCUUCAAGAAUUUUCUUUUUUUGAUUUUCUUAUUUCUGGAUUUAAGAAUGAAUCUAUGAGAGUAGAUUGAUUAAGUAGCGGGAAUUCGGAAUUUUCGGAAAAGAAAAACGGAUAAAAACUUUUCAAUUAGUCAGCGAAUUAAACUGACUCAAUUAAGCUUGAAGGAACGCCAAACUGGGAGAAAAAGUACUCUCUGUGAGGUUAGAUUUAGACGUUCUUUUUAAGAAUUUAGGGUCUGAGGCCUACGCCCCUAGAGCUCAAGUGCCCUCUAUAGGGGUAAAAUUUAGGUGGUACCUAUCAUUCUUGUGCGUCAGGCUGUGGUUCUCAUUUUUGAAGACACCUGCGCGAGCUUGGGCCGAGCCAGACUCAAGAAAAACUUUGAAUUUCAUUUAAAAAUUCCACCAAAAGAUUAUUUUAACAUGUUAAAUCGUAGUUUUAUUGAACUCUAACUAGUAAGAGAAAAAAUAAGCAAAAACAUGACUUUUGUCGUAAAAAAAAAAAGCUUGAUUAGACUUGAAGAAAAUUUAAGCUUUUUUGGGGCUAGCUAUUUUUGCUUGAAGCCUCCCUAAGGCAGGGCCGACCCUCGCACAAGCCUGGUCCCUAUGAAAGUUCAGGGUCUAGCCCCUCAGCCCUUAAAUCAAGAUCAAGUCGUCCCAAUAGGGUCUUCAAAUUUUUUGUUUGUUAUUAUCCCAUGUAUGCUUCAAAUUCGAAAUUUCAGGCGACAAACGCUUCGAAUGCGAAAAUUGCGGCCGCCGAUUCGCCCUACGAGCCUACCUGA